AUGAGUUCUAUUGUAUCCAAUUCUAACGAUCCUCCUACGGUAACUUUCAGUGCCAGUUCUUUGCACACGAAGACGUUUUAUUCUGACGUGCCCGAAACGAUCGUGAAUACCAACAGUCCCGUCAUUUUAGGCGUUGAUGAAGCAGGUCGUGGGCCCGUGUUGGGUCCUAUGGUCUAUGGGAUCAGUUACUGCACUCGGAGUUAUCAAGAAGACGUAUUGAAGCGCGAUUACGAGUUCGAUGACUCCAAGAAGCUUACAGACACGGUCCGUCGUAAGCUUUUCCGGUACAUUUACGAGAACCGAAUCGACCAAGUCGGCUACGCGACGACGACGAUUACCGCGAGCGACAUUUCGAGCGGUAUGCUGCGCUUCCCGCCUGAGAAAAACUACAACCUCAACGAGCAAGCGCACGACGUGACGAUCAAUUUGAUUCGAGGCGUCCUGGAUCGAGGUGUGCGCAUUGAGCACGUAUAUGUCGACACUGUGGGACCUCCAGCGAGCUACCAACGCAAGCUGGAAGGGGUUUUCCCGAAUGUCAAGUUCACAGUCGCCAAAAAGGCCGAUUCGUUGUUUUGUUGCGUAAGUGUGGCAAGUGUUGUGGCCAAAGUGACGCGUGAUAUCCUUGUUGAGCAAUUGCGUACGCUUCCAGGCGAGAUCCUGGGGUCUGGAUAUCCUGCCGACGCCAGAACCACUGACUGGCUCAAGGCGAACAAAUCAAGUCUUUUCGGCUGGCCCGAAGCGGCAGUGCGAUUUUCCUGGCAGACGGCCCAGACGAUGCUGGAUAAAGAUUCUGAAGAUGUACCCAUCGAGUGGGAAGAGUCGUUCAUAACCAAGAAAUUCAAUCCGGCUUUAUUCGAACCCCAGGACAAGAUCGUUACACUGGAUAAUUGGUAUGCCUGA